AUGGCUCCCGGGGCGUCGGCGGUGUUCCAGCCUCCAGCGCCGCUGCUGCCCCCGGCAGCCGCGCACCAGCGCCAGCGCCAGGCAGCCAGGCAGGCAGCCCGCCCACCCUCCCCGCUCACCAGCCAGGCGCGCGGCUGCCGCGGACUCCUGAGAGCGCAGCGCACCAGGGACCCCGGACAGCGCUGGGCCUCCCGCUCCGCACCGCACCGCACACCCUGCGGAGGCGCGCGCCCUGCGGCGACGCCACGAUUGACUCUAUUUUGCAGUCUGGAAAGAGAUCUCACCCUGUCAACAGAAAGAGAUGAAGAGAAGGAGGAGUUGAAACAGAUCAUAUCUGAGAAGGAGGAAGCCCUGAAGGACCUGGAAGCAGAGACAGAAAAGCUGGAAAAAAAAAAUACAAUCCUCAACAAGAAUGUGGGGGAGCUUCAGGAGAAGAUUUCAAGGGGAUUUAAGAAUGCUGGCCCUAAUAAAGAAGCCCUGAAGCAGAAUUUGGCAGAACUGAAGGUGAAGCUACAACAGUCCACAGAGUCCUGUGCACAGCAGGAAAAGGAAAUGGCCAAGGUGAAGAAUGACUACCAAUUCAUUCAACAGCGUUGUGAGGACCAGGCCCACUGCAUAAAGAUGUACCAGGAAGCUCUGAGGCGGCUGGAAGAAGAAAAGGAAGUACUGAUGCUUAACAAAGAAAUAGCCAAAGCCCAGAAGAAUUAUUCCCAAGUAGUGAAGCGUGGGUCUGUUCUGGUGGAAACCAUGGAGAAGACUAUAACUAAGAACCAGAGGAAGAUCUCACUUUUUAGACUUUGCCGGUGGUGGUUCUUUAUGCUCCUGAUCUUUGUUGAGCUGCUGGGUUACCUGUUAUUCCACCUGCAUUACAUAAACCCAGACCUGAUUGUGGAGACCCUGCCCCUGCUGAUGAGCAGGAGGAACCUGAAGAGGCUGAGAGACUUCUUAUCUCCGCUGCUCACUCUCGAGGCAGACUGCCUCCUUCCGCACUAGUCUGGGUGACUAGCAAGGGGCUGUGGCCGUUUCCUUGCAUAGGGCUGUGUGCCAGGAAGGAAUUAGGAGCCUGUGACGUAAGUGCUGCUAAUUCACAUCUGAUCUUUUCUUUGUUUUUUUCUUCAUUCUCCUUUUGGAGUGUUUCUCUUUUCAAUAAACAGUAUGUUUGAGCAGAGUAUAACGUGUUGGUCUGUGAAUCCUAGAGUAUUACUGUGUAUCCGGGUUCUACCCUGUGCUGUUGAGCCAAGAUAAUAAAACAUCCCCUAGGA